AUGGAAAAUGACGCCAUUAGUGACCAUACAAAGGAGGCUUCCCAGCCGAGUACGGACUUGAGUGCUGAAGAGGCCAAAAAGGCUGCCGUUCUAAUUCAGAAAACAUACCGAGGACACCGUACUCGUCGCCAGCUGAACGGAUUCGGACUUGAUGCCUCUACGAGGUGGUACGAGGCGGUCCGAGAUGCUCGAUUCAAACAAGUCACUACACCCAGACCUCCCAGCCCAGGUGGGGAGAGCGGCUCUCCCGAUGCCGAAGGGGACCGGACGACUGCCCCAUCUUCGCCUGCACGAGCGAAAUGGACUCGAGCGACAGAGAUUGCGCGCAGGGCGGGCGCCGACGACCGUUCUCCCUCCGCGUCAGAUCUGUCCUCGAGCGAUAUGAGUGAAGAAGGCCAAGGCUUAGGAACGAUGCCUACUCAGCAGGAGAAAGCAGCCACGAGGAAGAGACGUGCCGAAGCCAAUGCCGUGCGGAAGAAGACAGCCAAGAUGAUGGACCUGCAAUAUUUUCUGGAGAUGGUUGAUCAGAAGCACCGCUAUGGUUCGAAUCUCCGAAAAUACCACAACUACUGGAAAACGCAAGAUACAGAUCAGUCGUACUUCUACUGGCUUGACCACGGCGAUGGGAGGACCGUGGAACUCCCCGAGUGCAGUCGAGCACGCUUAGACAAAGAGCAAGUGCGCUACCUAUCGCGAGAAGAACGCCUGCAGUACCUGGUCAAGGUCAAUCCCCAGGGUUUGCUCGUCUGGGCGAAGAACGGUGAGCUCGUGUGGACCAAGGACGAGCUUUUCAAGGACAGUGUCAAUGGGAUCGUCCCGAUUGAUGAUCCUUCACCCCAGUGGAAGUACAACGCGCCGCCAGCUGGUGGGAGUGACUCCAGCUCAAGCUCCUCGGACGACUCAGACGAUGAGGAUGACAAAACAGAAGAGGACGAAGGCCAAAGGUAUGUGAAUGAAGAGUUCCACAGAGUCAGAGGCCUGUCCAAGGUAAAACAUGUCAGCGCAGGAGUGCUCUUCAACCACAUGAUAAGAACCAGUCUCAAAAAGGGUCACAAAUGGAUCUUCGUGGCUGACACCUCGUUUCGAUUGUAUAUCGGAUACAAGCAAUCAGGUGCAUUCCAACACUCGUCGUUUCUACAUGGGGCACGCAUCUUGUCCGCAGGCCUGAUCAAAGUAAAGCACGGUCAGUUGAGAAGACUGUCGCCUCUGAGCGGACAUUACCGGCCCCCAGCAGCCAACUUUCGAGCCUUUGUGCACAGCUUGCGCGACGCAGGUGCAGACAUGUCACAUGUAUCGAUAUCCCGAAGCUACGCUGUGUUGGUCGGCCUUGAGACAUACACCAAGGCACGCAAACAGUUAAAAUGCGCAGAAGAUUCGGUAGUCCAUGAAAAGGACAAACUACUUGAUCCUGAUAAGGUUAGAAUGGAGGAAGAGGCGCAGCGUGACAAGUCUCAGAGCGCGGAAACAGAGAGGCUGUACCUGAAAAAGCAGCGUGAAGCUGAGGAACGGGAAGUACGGGAACGCAAAGCCAAGCGCAGUCUGACAGGGAGACUGUCGAAUGCCAUCAGCAGACUGAAGUUUCGCGGAGACAGCGGCGACAAUGCUCCGGUAGGAGAGGAACAGGCAAAGCGAAUCAUGGGGACAGGGCCAGAGGAUGGCGUACCACCACCAGAGGGCCGUAGAUGA